AAUCAUGGCCGUUGAUUUGAGCGUGAUCAACGGUCUUGAUCCUUCUGAAGACCAACAAAAGCAUUCCAACUUCCAAGUUCCCAACGCAAAAGAAAAUCCCACAAAUCUCUCUUCAGAAAAUCCCACAAAUCUCUCUUCAUCUUCAGACUCUCAGAGGUGCAGAACGGCUAACCCUCACCUCACCUCAAAUCAUAGCCAAAAAUUUCCACUUCCCCAAGCCAUGGCCGGUUACCCUCUCUCAGCCUCAAGAGACCCUCAACCCUCAUCUCUUUCUCUUUUAAAUAGAUCUGAUUUUUCUCUCUGUUCCACUUUUCUCUGCUCUCUAGUCUCAAGGGCUGAUUCAAAAUCCCUCUUUUAUUUUGGAACCCUUGACUUCAAUCCAACUCUCCAAGUCUCCAACGGACCAAACACCAAACCUUGCUGCCUUGCUGGUUCAUCUUCACACGUAUCCCGCGCUGAGCAGAGGAUCGGAGUGUUGUCGCUGGUCUGUCGCACCAAGGGCACCGUCCGCCGCCUCUCAGCCUUCAAGCACGACGACGGCGGUUUUGCUUUCCUCGUCAACAGGUCAUGGAACCCUCUACUGAUGCCCCCCCUUCCCAAACAACACCCGCUGCCCAAGCUGGACCUGCUGUCCAAGCUGAACCUGUUCCCACUCCAACAAAUGCUGAGGCACUUCCACCUAGACCUAGUGAUAAAACCAAAGUGAGUGAGAUAGCUGCUGAUUGUGGUAAUAAUAGGAAAAAGUCUAGUGCCUGGGAUCAUUUUGAAAAAAUAAAA